AAAAUAGAACGACAGUUUUGAUUAGUUUCUUCAUCAUCAAUGCCAAUAUCAAAAAAGAUAUSUAAUGAAGUAAGGUAGUAUAAAAUCAGGCAGGAGAAGUUGGAGAUUGUGUCUAUAAUAUGGCGAAAUUUUGGCUUCAAACUUUUACGUAUUAUCUUGUUUUCACUACACUUGUAACGACACAGCUACCAUUUGUAGUUUCUACAGAUCCAUCUUGUGGAGMMGUCAUAUUUGKUUUCGGGUKCUWUGGAGUAGUUCUUUCAUUUGGUGGUUACGRGAUUGYAGAACUUUAUCGUUGGUAUAAGAAAUGYCCUUAUUCGGAAUGCUGUACCGAAAACUGGGUCAAACCAAAUAUCACGGGACUAAAACGCGACCUCAAUGCACGUCUUUUGGGACAACACUUAGUCAGGAAUACAGCCUUCACAGCUAUCAAAGGACAUGUCACUAACGACAAUCCAGAGAAAGCCCUUGCGCUGUCAUUCAAUGGCUGUACUGGUUGCGGAAAGAACUUUGUCAGCAAAAUCAUUGCUGAAAAUCUGUACAAGAAAGGAAUGGAUAGCGAAUAUGUGCACUUACUAAUUGSAACUCACCACUUCCCACACAAGCACCAAUUAGAGAGCUACAAAAUCUGGCUGAGUAGAUGGGUAAUUGCGAACAUCGCYAAGUGCCCCAGAUCUCUGUUUAUAUUUGACGAGAUGGAUAAGAUGCCAGAAGGUCUAGUDGAUGUUCUAAAACCCUUCUUAGACCACUACCCUGAGGUUGAAGGGGUAGAUUGCAGGAAAGCAAUAUUUAUUUUCCUGAGUAACACUGGGGCUAGACUUAUCAACAGUGCAGCGCUGGAAAACUGGAGUAAAGGGAAAGAUCGAAAUGCAAUAACUAUCAAAGACAUGGACAAAAUCAUCAAUUUGGGAGCGUUCAAUGAAAAAGGUGGUUUUUGGCAUGCAACUCUGAUUGAAAAACAUCUGAUUGACUAUUUCAUACCUUUCCUUCCACUAGAAAGAUCACAUGUUAAAGAGUGUGCCAGGGUUGAUCUUAAACUAAAGCAUCAUUCCACAAAUAAGCACAUUUUGGCCUUGAUUGCAGAUGAAAUGCAGUAUUAUCCUGAGGACACUAAAGUAUUUUCUACAUCUGGAUGCAAAAAAGUACCUUCUAAAGUAGACUUGAUUAUCAACCAAGAUGACUAAUGAUUGCUAUGUCACCUUCAUCUACAAGUGGAUGGGUUAUUUAGUUUUCUUUUCUUUCUCUUAUUAACUAUUAAAUAACUAUUAAAUAUCCCACUUCAAUCACUAAGAUCCACAGCAUGUCCCUUCCCUACUGGGGACAGAUUCAGAACAUUAAUA